GGUCCUAUAAAGAGGGGACUGCCCAGAGGUUCAACACCAGAUGCAGAAGGAGCUUGCAAUAGUCCCUGGUCUGCUUAAGCUCCUGCAGCUCCUGUCCACCCAACAGCAGCAUGAAGGUUUCUAUAGCUGCCUACACUACUGUCCUCAUUGCCAUCAUCUGCUCCCAGGCCUCAUCUGCUCCAUUUGGAUCUGAUCCCCCAACUGCCUGCUGCUUUUCAUAUGUGACCAGGCAGCUCCCCCGUGACUUUGUGAAAGAUUAUUAUUACACCAACAGUAUGUGCUCCCGUGCAGCCGUGGUAUUUACUACCAAAAAAGGCCGUCAAAUCUGUGCAAAUCCCGAGGACAGCUGGGUUAAAGAAUAUGUGAAUGACCUGGAACUGAAUUAAGAGGAGCUAGGGACUGAACUUCUUCUGGAAAUGAAUACAUUAACAUUCAAAGGGCUCCAUUCUAGUCACCACAUCCAAUGCUGUUGCCCCAGACUGACUUUGACCAGUGAAAAGUCAAAAGUAUUUAAACCAUUUUAAGGGAAUAUUUUAUUUAGAAAUGUAAUUCGCAGACUGUUAAGCACUGUAUUAUUUAUAGAAUAUUUAAUGUGUGAGGAGUUCAUGUCAUGUGACUCAGCUCCAUUCACACCUCAAAUGUGAAGAUUACUUAAUACAUUUUUAUAAAGCUGAACAUCCUGGAUAUUUUGUUUUUUAUGAGGUUAUUUGAUGGUAAAUUGGAGAUAGACUUUGAAGAAAAAAUAUUUUUAUAUGGACAGGCUUUAUGCGCCCACAUGUGAAUUGUGACUCUGUGAAAAACAUUAUUGUUGCUGUUGCUGUUGUUGUUAUUUAAUUCUAUAAUGUAAACAUUUUCUAAGCAAAUAAACUCAAGAAACUUA